AGUCCCUUCAAUAAGAAGACCAAAUGAGGCCUUCCAUUGUAGAUCUUGAUAAUGAUUUGAAGAAAUUUUCGUGGUCAUCCUUUAUCAUAGCCCUAGGAACCCUUGAUGUCCAUGCAUCUGGAUAGAACACAGAAACACUGGCGGUAGUAAAGAAACAAGUCAACUUCAACGAAUGCGCUUAUCUUUGGAAUUAGUAGCAGCGUGUCAAUGCGUUUCAAUCGCGGCAGUCGCACACUUCGCCAGCUGACCGCGCCCAGGUUGCAGUGUUACUCCGUGAUCAGGAGGCUUCAAAAUGGCUCUUAGUGACAGGAGGAGCCUGAAUUUGAACCAGGAACAAGUGGAAGAGCUGAGCGAACAAUUCGGCACAAUAGACAAAGAUGGAAACGGCUACAUCGACCUGUCUGAGCUCAAAUCGGCGCUGGACCUGGUCGGCUUCAAGAUCCCUCAGUGGCAGGUGCGGCAGAUGAUCGACCAGUACGACCGCAGCCACAAGGACGGCAAGCUCUCCUUCCACGAGUUCCAGGGCCUGUGUGUCGACCUCAAGUCCAAGGAUGUCGCCACCACGUUCAAGAAGGUGGUGUCGAAGCGGGAGAACCUGGAGACGCUGGGCGGCAUGUCGCACGCCUCCUCAGAGGGCACCACCCACUCUGUGCGGCUGGAGGAACAGAUUGCCUUCUCCGACUGGAUCAACUCCAACCUGGGCCACGACCCGGACCUGGCGCACAUCCUGCCCAUCGACCCCGAGGGCAAGACGCUGUACGACAAGGUCCGAGACGGCAUCCUCCUCUGCAAAAUCAUCAACCACUCCUGCCCGGACACGAUCGACGAGCGGGCCAUCAACAAGAAGGGUCUCACGCUGUACACCAAGCACGAGAACCUGACACUGGGCCUGUUCUCGGCUCAGUCCAUCGGCUGCAAUGUCAUCAACAUCGACGCGCAUGACCUGGCCAAGGGAAAGCCCCACCUGGUUCUCGGGCUGCUCUGGCAGAUCAUCAGGAUUGGUCUGUUCAACCAGAUCACGCUGGAGCACUGUCCGGGCCUGGCCAGCCUGCUGCAGGGUGACGAGAAGCUGGAGGAGCUGAUGAAGCUGUCGCCGGAGCAGAUCCUGCUCAGGUGGAUCAACUACCACCUGGAGAGGGCCGGCGUCAACAGGCGGGUGAACAACUUCACGUCAGACAUCAAGGACUCUGAGGCGUACCUGCACCUGCUGAACCAGAUCGCCGACCGCGAGGCCGGCGUCACCAUGGAGGGACUCCACGAGCCGAACCACCUGACUCGGGCCGAGAUCAUGCUGCAGCAGGCGGACAAGCUCGGCUGCCGAGCGUUUGUAUCGCCACAGGAUGUGGUUGACGGCAACUACAAGCUCAACCUGGCGUUCGUGGCUAACCUGUUCAACAACCACCCGGGCAUGGAUAAGCCCGACAACAUGGACCUGGAGGGUCUGGAGAACAUCGAGGAGACGCGCGAGGAGAAGACGUACCGCAACUGGAUGAACAGCAUGGGCGUGUCGCCGUACGUCAACUGGCUGUACUCGGACCUGGCCGACGGGCUCAUCAUCUUCCAGCUGUACGACAUCAUCCAGCCGGGCAUCGUCAACUGGAACCGCGUCCACAAGAAGUUCAGCAAGCUGCGCAAGUUCAUGGAGAAGCUGGAGAACUGCAACUACGCCGUGGAGCUGGGCAAGGAGCUCAAGUUUUCGUUGGUCGGAAUCGCUGGCCAGGACCUGAGUGACGGCAACCAGACGCUAACGCUCGCGCUUAUCUGGCAGCUGAUGCGCGCCUACACUCUGACGGUGCUCUCCCAGCUGGCCUCCUCGGAGAACCCCAUCGUCGACCGUGAGAUCAUCGAGUGGGUCAACGAAAAACUGCAGGCCGGAGGAAAGACCUCCCGCGUCCGGAGCUUCCAGGACCCGUCCCUGGCGACGGCGCACGCGGUCAUUGACCUAGUGGACGCCAUCCGGCCGGGCACCAUCAACUACGAGCUGGUGCGGCAGGGCGGAUCAGAGGAGGAGAACCUGGCCAACGCCAAGUACGCGCUCUCGAUGGCGCGGAAGAUCGGCUCGCGGAUCUACGCGCUGCCCGAAGACAUCACCGAGGUGAAACCCAAGAUGGUGAUGACCGUGUUCGCGUGUCUGAUGGCGCGCGACUACAUCCCCAAUGUGGACAGCAAGAAGCAGUAGUGUGCGACCGCCAUGGACGCGCUACUGGCCUCGAGACCAUAGACUGCGUGAGGGAACAAUUGUGUGAAAGAGGACGCUACCGGCGGUCGUGCAUGAUGCCAAAUCAAUGCGAUAUGAACGGUGCGCGUGGCGCGAGUUAUGUAGCUUCUAUUUGUAAUGAGUUUAUCUGUUUUGUUGGUGCGUGUCGCGCGGCGGGGAGUGGGGAUCGUCCUCUGCCGCUGGCGCCGCGCGCGCCUGCUUGAUUGGGGUGUUCUGAUUUGGAUUGUGAGCGGGCUGGUGGGUGCUGCUGUCGGGUGGCGCCGCUGUGGAGCCGGUCUUCCGUGUGUGGGGCGCGGGCCGCCGCCCGGGACGGAGCCUCGUGUGCCGGGUGGGAGGGGUGGGAGAGCCAGCCCGGGCGCCGACUAACCCUCCACAGUCACGGCGGGCGGCGCUGUGACCGAUCAAAGCACGCACACACGCGCGGCGGGCGUGUGCCCAGGUUGUGAUAGCGGCAGGGGCCGGCGGCGGUGCGCCGUCCGGCCGCUGCCCCGCGGACCACUGCACCCCGAUCACACACACACACUGCGCGCGCGCUCACAUUCCCCAAUGGACGGCGGUGCGCCGGCACCGACCAGGGUAUUCGGUCGUCUUCGGCCGCCCCCGAACGCCUCGUAAUCAAACAUUAACCCAUACGUGAAUUAUUUUAUCGAUUCAUACUUGUCAUUUAUGCUGUCGUUUAUAUUUUGAGCGUGGUUUUCGCGUGAUCAGCCUGAUUCGUGUUCGGAUGGUGGCAAUAGGCUAGUGUGAUUACAUGCAGUGCGGCUUCAAUACAUUUUACACGCGUUUA